AGUUUUCAAACAGACAUCAGUCUACUUUUACCUGGAUAUUACUGUCAUCACCAGGUUUUUAAGGCACGCCUCUAGCACAGACACCCGUUGAUUGUAACAUCAUGGGUAGUGGUGCUAGCAACCACUCCCCGGCUUCAUCCCCCGAGCCAGAUGUACCCCCACCACGAAAGAAAUCUGUGAACAGCAAGGAAAAGGAUAGAAAAGAGCAGGAGAAACACAAUGAAUACUCAGGUAAUAAUCCCAACAAUCGAGUGGUCACUGAUAAGAAGCAGGAAAUAUCUGAUAAAGGAUGUUUUGUCCGAACCAAUCAAGUUGCUCCUAUCGUCAUCAAGAAUUGUCGAGAAGAAUUUCAACAUAUCAGUGAAUUUAAAGAACCCAUUGUUAUGGGGAGAGUCGCUGAUGGUUCUUUGGAACAUGCUUUAAUAAGGGGAAAGUAUUUUUUAGUAAAAGAUAUUGUUGAAAAGAAUGAUCGACUCAAAUCUUUUGAAAAACAACAUGCUCCCAAUUUUCAUCGCGCCAAAGGAUUCCCAGCUUAUGCUACUGGUCAGCCCACACAAAAUGGUGUUAUUAGUAUUGUUAGCACUAUUCUCAAUGAAGGUAUUAAGGAAUUGUUUUUAUUCAAUCUGAGAGAAGAACCAGUAUUGUUUAUCAACAUAGAAGAUGACUAUAUUCCAUAUUCCAUCAGAAACCAGGAUCGUCUUGGAGAACUUGUCUGUACUGGUAAAUGUGCCAAAGAUGCCAACGAGGCUGAAGGUAGAAUUCGAAAGGAGGUAUUAGAUUUAGCCAUGAUGAGGGAUGAGAUGAAGUUUUAUUUCUAUGAUGAUUUGGAAAAUCUAAAAGAUGAACCUCACAUGUUGCCAGUACUGUUUGAAGAUCAGCUGCAGGUAGCCGAGGAGGUUUAUGAACGUCAGGCUUUCCUUAAUCCCGCCUUGAAGUACAGUAGAUUUUGUUUCCCAGUACACAGAGCUCCCACCGAAGAAGAAGUCGAUAUUUUCCUUUCUUUAUUCAGAGAAGAACCUCAUUUCUUUGACAAAGAUCACAAUCCUGCUAUGUUGUUUAUCUGUAAUUCUGGUAUGGGUCGAGCUACUGUAGGUCUAGCCAUGGGUUGUCUUAUGUUGGCGCACAGAACCAGUUUCCCACCUGAAGCCAAUGAAGUUCCAAACCAUAUCGAUGAAAAUAAUCCAAAUUUUGAAAGAGGUGAAUAUUUAUCUGUACAACGAUUGGUUAAAAAUAUUCCAGACGGUCUUGCUGUUAAACGACAGGUUGAUGUUAUGAUAGAUCAUUGUGGUGAACUGUACAAUUUACGUACCAGCAUUUUAGAACAGAAGAAAAAGAUGGAAGGAAUCCAUGCAGAUUAUAUAAUAGAGGGCCGUAGUGCUAAAGAAACUUACAGAAGAAAAUGCAUCUAUUACCUAGAGAGAUAUAUUUUCUUAAUUUGUUUUAAUGCUUAUCUCAGAGAACAGUUCCCUAUGAAAUUAUCAGUGCGAUAUACCAAAUGGAUGCAACGUCAUCCAGUAUUAACACAACUGAGUUGCUUUAUGGAUUUUGUGGAGAAGAAGACCCCAGCUAAGUUAGUAACUACUGGCUGCAGGUUCUUGGUAGCUGAUGAGUACAUUGGUUUAGAUGUUCUCAGUUCACAGUUUGAAGUGAAAGUUUCUAAUUUCCGUCGAAUGGUUGGUUUACCAGUAUAUGGGAUGGCUCAACCCAAUAGAGAGGGUUUGUCUUGUGUAGUAAACCAUCUUCUACAGAGAAAACAAGGUUAUAAGAAGGUUGUUAUCAUCAAUCUCCGUAACGACCAGGUUAUAGAGAGUGAUGGACAAACUUAUUCCAUUCACGAUCCAUCUCAACUUGGUGAACCUAUACCAGUGGUUGGUGCAUCCAGAAGAGAAUUAGAGCAUAAAGAAACCUUAUUAAAAGAAGAGAUAUUAGGUAAAAAGAUCGUGAAAGUAUUUGAAGAGAUUACUGACCCACCCAUCAAUAAAGAGUUUACUAGUGUUAUGACACUACAGGACCUUAGUGAACAACAACAGAAGGAAACACCAGAUAUGUUAUACUACAGGAUACCCAUGGAAUAUGAUCAUUCUCCUCUAGUAAAGGAAGCUGAUGAUAUUCAAGGUUGUAUUACCAGUCAUUUUAAAGAUCCUGAUUUAUGGACCCAGAAUACCAUGGCAUUUGUAUUUUGUUGUCGAACUGGUAAAAGUCGAACAACAUUUGCUUUAGCUAUUGCUGGUCUUAUGUACCAUCAUAUGAGAGCUUUCCCAUACGGAUCACAACCAGGUGAACAAGAAAGAGUAUCAUGCCCUAACGCUGGAUACACUAAGGGAGAUUACAUUAUUGUAUUAAAAUUAGUACGUAUGUUGCCAGCUGGUCAACAAGUCAAGAGAGAAGUUGAUUUAAUUCUGGACAGAAUAUUUGAAACAAUGAGUCCUAUGCAUUUCCAUCUUCGAGAAGUUAUUUUCUUUACUUAUAACAAGAUAAAGAAUGCUACCAGUGAGCAACAGAGAUUAAUAUUAAAACGAACCAGUUUAGAUAUGUUAGAAAGAUAUAUAUUCCUUAUCUUAUAUAAUUGUUACCUUCGAUCUGAAAAGUGCACCAACUGGAAACGACCAUUCAGUAAAUGGAUGACAGAGGUCGCUGCACGAGCCGGUGUUUACGAGUUAUUGGAUAAUCUUGGAUUUUAUGAUUUUGAACCAAAUGUGGUUACACUGAAAACCAGACGAGAAAGAUGGAAGAUCAGACACACACUCUUCCCAUUCUACGGUGAAUUUAUCUAAAUUCUUAAACCAUUCCAUAUACUAAGACACUUCUUUGAUAUUUACCUGCUUUUAAAGUCCAACCUCAAACAUACUUAACUUACCCUUUGAUAAAUAUUUUCGUACAGAAUAGUAUUCAAGGAUUUUUGUUAAAAUUUGUCGGAGUUACUCCAAGGGCCCUUUGUUAAUUCAAGGAACCAAGUCAACCCUGAACUGAGACAUGAUUUCAAUAAGCAUAAAUAAUCAGAAGUGGCUAUGCGGUAAUUAUUAUGUAAUUAUGAAUUUUUUAUGAGCCUUUCUGUAUAGUAACCUCUUUGUACACGAUCAUAUAUUUGGAUAAAGUUAUUAAUUUUGUUGUAAUAGAUAUGUGCACACGGAUUUAAAGUUAAAGUUUUGAAUAUAGGCUACAUUUAUAUUUUUAUAUCAUUAUAUAUAUAUAAUUAAUUAGUGCAUUCCUUUUGCCUUAGAUUUAUAUUAUAUGAAUAUUUAUGAGUGUAUUAUGUAUUUUGGUUAAGUAAUGAAACUGAAAAAGUUUCAUAGCAUUCGUUUUAUUUAAAUGGUUUUUGUAUGUAUAUCUAUUUAAAAUAUAUUUUGAUUUGAUAUCAAUAUCUAUAUUAUAUUUUGUUUGAUUGGUUUAAAUAAGUAUUUUCUUAGUCGUACGUCUUUUUUAUGUUUCAUAUUGGAUUUUGUUCUAUUACAUAUCAUGCUAAAAAAUCAGAGACUCCAACAGAAUCCACAUAACAAAAAUAUUCAUAUUUCUUACGCGUUUUUGAUUUAAAGUCGUAUAUAUAGUAUAUCUUGUAAAGGUAUAAUAAUGGAAGUUUAUUGGACGAUCCAGAACAAGUGAUGAUAUUAGCAUAAUUUGUAAUGUAUCUAUACAUGUAUUUUGUAUUUAUCUUAUCUGUGAUAUUUUAACUUGUAAAUUAUUUAUUAAUAUUCUUAAAUAAAUAUAAAUAACAUUG